AUGUCUCAUAUUUGCAAUUCAAAGAUAAACAAAUGGUGUUAUGAGUCAAAUGUGAUGAUCGAAAAUAUGUCACGUGAUGAAAUUCAUGAAGGUCUUGAAGUUCCAUUUAAAGAAACAUUUGAUAAUACUGGUGUUAUUCCUGUAACUCGUGCAAAACGUUUUAUUACUUACACAACAACUAUAAGUUCCACUAACUACAAUACAUAUUCUAUUGAUCGUACUAAAGAAUUAGAAAAAAUGUUUAAGAAAAAUAUGCAUCUUUCAAAUAUUCUUCCGCCAACAAUCGGUGUACAAUUUAGUGAUGAUGUACCGAACAUUAUUCAAUUUAUUAAAAAAAUUAUGGAGAAUGGAUUUGCAUAUGAAUCUAGCUUAUCCGUUUAUUUCGAUACAGUAGAAUUUCAUAAGCAACAUCCAUAUGCAAAUUUUGAAUUUAAUGAAAUGGGUGAUAUUAUUGCAUUACGUGACGAAGAACCAUUAGCAACAUCAGAAAAUAUAAAUAAAAUAAAAGCAAAUCUGAUUUUCUUUUAUGGCAAAAACAAAAGUCAAAUGAACGUGCUUGAUCAUCACCGUGGGGCCUUGGUCGACCAGAUCCACGUAUUGAAUGUAGUGUAA